CCUCAACGUCCGACUGCCAGUGGGAGGAACUUUGACCAACCACCAGUUAGCUAAAUUAUUUCAUAGCGUAAUAUAGCACUUACUGUCACUUUAGUUUGUUUUUUCAUAUGUAUGUGUGUUGUUUUACAUGAAACGAGAUGUGGUUUAUUUAUUUACUAAGUUGGCUGUCGUUGGUGAUACAAAUAUCUUUCAUCACACUAGCAAUUGGUGAGUUUACUUUUUGAAGUUGUUAGCUACAGUAGCUAGCUAGUUAGCAUCGCCACAGCCCCUUCUUUCCCACUCCACCUAUCGAUUCAUGUCAAUUCGGCCUCGGCUCGGGUGCAAGCAAAAUGACAAAUAAUCAACAAUGUGGCAGAAUAAACUUUACUCUACUGACUUGCUAACUAGGAUAAUAGUUUGAGUUAAUUUAGUUAACUAGCUAACAAUGCUAUGCACAUAACGUAGUGUGGCAAAUUCCCAUAGUUAGCUACAGCUAGUGAGCUAACAGCCAACUGGGUAACUAAGGUUAGUUAGUUAGUUAGCUAGCUAACGUUAGUUGUGAUUCACAAUCCAAUCGAGAGAGUUAAGCAAAUCUAACGUCACUUAUUUUGAAUUGUAAAGUUAAUAACGGUAAUCACUACAGUAAUCCUGCGGCGUUUCAUGCAACUGGUGACAAAGUUUACCUAAUGUUAACUACCUAUUGCUGGUCCAUGUUGUUGCGCAAGGGGUUACUAGUAACUAACUAGUUAGCGAGUAUCUUCUACCACAACACCGCUAUUUACAAAAUCGCAAAAUAACGUUAUUGUAAAGCCAAUAAUAUUACGCAAUAGUUGGAUAGGAAUGUCUGGCAUGUAACUGUUCAACUGUUGCCCUAACGUUAAUCCUAAAUUCCAAGCAGAGUAUGUGAGCGGAGUUGAGCAGUCGGAAAUCACGCUUGCACACGCUCCGAUUUCGCUCCAUUCAUUAAAAUCACAAUUUAACAAACACCCAUCUAUUUCUGUGACUACCUGGACCUACUAUUUCGUUUUGAAGUAUUGAAACCAAACCAUAUUAUUUGAAUGAAAAGUAUUUUAAGACGUGAAAAGAUUAAUGUAAGAAGCGCUCAUCAUUUCAAAUAGGCUACAUGUCGUAUUAAACAGCAUAUACAGUGCAUUCGGAAAGUGUUGAGACCCCUUACCUUUUUUCACAUUUUGUUACGUUACAGCCUAAUUCUAAAAUGGAUUAAAUAAAUAAAAAUCAUCAUCAAUCUACACACAAUAUCCAAUAAAGACUAAGUGAAAACAGGUUUUUAGAAAUGUUUGCAAAAAAAACACACUUAUUUACAUAAUUAUUCAGACCCAUUGCUAUGAGACUCGAAAUUGAGCUCAGGUGCAUCCUGUUUCCAUUGAUCAUCCUUGAAAUGUUUCUACAAUGAUUGGAGUCCACCUGUGGUAAAUUCUAUUGAUUGGGCAUGAUUUGGAAAGGCACACACUUGUCUAUAUAAGGUCCCACAGUUGACAGUGCAUGUCAGAGCAAAAACCAAGCCAUGAGGUCGAAGGAAUUGUCCAUAGAGCGCCGAGACAGGAUUGUGCUGAGGCACAGAUCUGGGGAAGGGUACCAAAACAUUUCUGCAGCCUUGAAGGUCCCCAAGAACCUUAAAUGGAAGAAGUUUGGAACCACUAAGACUCUUCCUAGAGCUGGCCUCCCGGCCAAAAUGAGCAAUCGGGGGAGAAGGGCCUUGGUCAGGGAGGUGACCAAGAACCUGAUGGUCACGCUGACAGCGCUCCAGAGUUCCUCUGUGGAGAUGUGAGAACCUUCCAAAAGGACAACCAUCUCUGCAGCACUCCACCAAUCAGGCCUUUAUGGUAGAGUGGCCAGAUGGAAGCUACUCCUCAGUAAAAGGCACAUGACAGCCCGCUUGGAGUUUGCCUAAAGGACUCUCAGACCAUGAGAAGCAAGAUUCUCUGGUCUGAUGAAACCAAGAUUGAACUCUUUGGCCUGAUUGCCAAGCAUCACGUCUGGAGGAAACCUGGCACCAUCUCUACAGUGAAGCAUGGUGGUGACAGCAUCAUGCUGUGGGGUUGUUUUUCAGUGGCAGGGACUGGGAGACUAGACAGGAUCGAGGGAAAGAUGAACGGAGCAUACAUUGAGAUUCUUGAUGAAAACCUGUCCCAGAGUGCUCAGGACCUCAGACUGGGGCGAAGGUUCACCUUCCAACAGGACAAUGACCCUAAGCACACAGCCAAGACAACGCAGGAGUGGCUUCAGCACAAGUCUCUGAAUGUCCUUGAGUGGCCCAGCCAGAGCCCGGACAUGAACCUGAUCGAACUGAUCGAUUGUGCUUUGUCAUUAUGAGGUAUUGUGUGUAGAUUGAUGAGGGGGUAAAAAAAUAAAUAUCCAUUUUAGAAUAAGGCUGUACCGUAACAAAAUGUGGAAAAACUCAAGGGGUCUGAACCAUUAUGCUUUCGGGAUAUGUCUUUUCAGAUUCCACAAUGAUUAUUUAGUUGUGGACACUACAUUACUGCACUCCCUCUCUUGCUCUUGGUCCUCAUCUUUGUAAGUCACCUUGAUUUUGCACCUGUAUGUUUUACCAGUUUCUUUAUGAAAAUAUUUAGCGAACUCCAUGACAGUAACUAAAGCAAGGGUCUAUAGCAGCACACAAGUAGACUACAAAUGCAUGCUGGGCCAGGCAUGCCCUGAGCUCGUGAAGUGAGCGAAAUUAGAGCGGCCAACAAGGCCGACGCUCCAGCCUUUGGGAAUCUCGCUCCGCGCUCCAGUCAAAUUGGGCACGCUCACUCUGAUUCCAAGGACCGAUGUUCUGUUUAAAGGCGAAUUGGCUCUGGAAGCCAAAAAUGGCCAAAUACUCCAUCUAAAUGUGAAUCUAUUCUCAUUUGCGGUACGGUUCUAGAAACGUAAAUCCCUCUACUUUCAUAUCACAUCGAAAUAAUUUCACAAAUGCAAAAAACUGAUUUACCUUUUUAACUGACUUUAACAGGCUUGUAAUAACUUAUGGGAUAUGGCUGGCAUAUGCCCUUGUUUAAAAUCAGUCUUCUAGGCUAGUAGGUUUAGCUGUGCAGAUGGAUUGAAAAAUUAUAUAUUUUUGCUGUACUAAAUAAAUGUUCAUCUGUAAACUUAGAUGAUAAUACUAGUUUGAAAGUGAUAAAGUGAGUGAACCUACUUUUGUCACAUAGGCUAUUUAGUUUGAUCCUAAAAUCCAAUUUGAUUGGACAGCUAUUACUUAUUAUGACGUCGUCUAUUUUAGCAACUGUCAUCAGGAAUAAUGUAAUAACCAGUCAAUUAAGAUAGUCCAUGUGGAUUUACUGCAAAUAUGUGUCAAAACAGCUCAUGAAUCUCAUGUUCACACAGUGAGUUUGCACUGCAGGCAGUGGGGCGGUAAAACUAAGAGGGGGAGCUGUCCGACGCGGAAUCAAAAUAUAAAAAAGAGAAAUGUCUGCCUGUCAUGCCUCGCUAGGAGUUCUACCGGCACUUGAGCAUAGGGUUCAAAAGUGCACGGCGCUCUGUCCGCAUUUCCUCACCGUAUGUGUGUAGAAGGCCGGGCGGGCAUGGAGUACAUUGCCUUGCGUGACGAGAUGCAGAUUGUUACUGUGUGUGUUUGUAUGUGUGCUCUCACCCCCUUCUCUUUGAUGUAAUUGUUCUGACUUGUUUUAGUGCCUUUGCCUCAAGUAGCCUUUUCUGGAAGCAUGUUAGUAAAUGGCUGAUUCUAUCUAGGCUACCUUCAGUUCUUCAAGCGUUAUUUUGGGUUGUGUGUGUGUUUACUGCCGUGAAUGUUGUUUACUUAUUCAUCAAUCGAUCUCAUCCCUUGUAUGUUACAGUGCAGUCUAUGGACAAGCUGGUAAAUGCAUUUUGUUUGUUUUUUAUGUAUUUAUUAGUACGUCUCUCCUCCUCCCCCAGCUGCUGGCCUGUAUUAUUUGGCAGAACUAAUAGAAGAAUACACAGUUGCCACUAGUCGAAUAAUAAAGUACAUGAUACUGGUGAGUAGUUUCUCUUGGAUGAUAUCUAACACAGUGACCGAUUUUAAUUUCCUUGAACACUUUGGCUCUACAGGAGCUGAUCAGUCUUACAGUCUAAAUAUCCUUGUCAUCUACUUGUACUUCCAUCUCUUCUGUACAACUCUCCCCUUAUUACUUGUGUUAGGUGACCUACUAUUCCCAUAUGUCCCAGGCUGAGUCCAAAAUGUGCACUACCUUCGUCCAGAGCCCUGUCGGCCCUGAACAAAAAUAUUGCACUGUAUGGUGAAUAGGGUGGCGUUUCAGAUGCAUCCUAUGUUGCAGAGGGGAGUAGUGCUAAUAACGCCCCUGCUCUGUGUACUGUAAGUUCUCUACAGGUGUACUGACGGGGCUGUACCUGUUUGAGGGCUUCCCAUGGCUGAUGAUGGGCUGUGGUCUCUUCACCAACCUGGUGUACUUUGGCCUCCUGCAGACUUUCCCUUACAUACUGCUGAGCUCACCCAACUUCAUCCUCUCCUGUGGUGAGCAUCAGAGGCAGGCAGCUGCUGAGGCAGGAACAAGUGUAUAGUAGUGAUAGGUUUUCGAGAUAUAAAUGUUUAACAUAUUGUAUUUAUCCCUCCUGCAUCUCUUUGUCUUUCUCUCCCCUUCUCCCUCUCUCCCUCCUUCCCUCAGUGUUGGUGGUGUUGAAUCACUACAUGGCUUUCCAGUACUUUGCAGAAGAGUAUUACCCCUUCUCAGAGGUAAGUCUGGGACACACAGUCACCCACCUCUGAGAUAAGCCUAAUCUGUGUUGAUCAGGCCUGAGCUCUUAUGAGCAAAGUAUUGCAGGGUACAUAAUAAUUUAUUUACUUAGCAAAUGACAUAAUGGAACUGUAUGAGUGAUGGCUCAAAUACUCAGGGUUGGGUAUGUUAUGUUCUAAAUGUAAUCUAUUACAGUUACUAUUUACCUGUCAAAUUGUGAUCAGUAACAUCAUUUAUGGAUUACCCAAACUCAGUAACGUAAUCAGAUUACUUGCAGUUACUUUUUGAUUACUUUCCCCAUCAUAAGAAGACAGUUUUUUUUUUUGUAAUCAGUUACUCCCCAACCCUGCAAAUACCUCACCAAGGGCAAAGACCGUUGCUAUGUGUAAUGGGAAUAUUUUAACUGAAUAAAGUUAAAAUUCAAAGACAGAGGACUCGCUGAUUAUUAUUGUAUUCUCUGAACACCGUGAUUCUGUAGCAGGUGACAGUCACUGCUUUUUGUUUGGACUUCAUACAAGCCUCUCGGGCUGGUGUUUACAGAACAACUGUCUGCUGAUUAGGACCUAGUAGUUAUAGGCUAUAUAUUCUGCUAUGGUCAGGGACAACUCUUAGCCCUAGUCGUAAGCUCUAAGGCCCUGGCCUCUAACCCCUGUAGCUCCUCUCUCCUCAACUCCGUAUCUCUUCUCUCCUCAACUCCGUAUCUCUUCUCUCCUCAACUCCGUAUCUCUUCUCUCCUCAACUCCGUAUCUCUUCUCUCCUCAACUCCGUAUCUCUUCUCUCCUCAACUCCGUAUCUCUUCUCUCCUCAACUCCGUAUCUCCUCAACUCCAUCUCUCCUCAACUCCAUCUCUCCUCAACGCCGUAUCUCCUCUCUCCUCAACAACAUAACUCUUCUCCCUGAAGGUCCUGGCGUACUUCACCAUCUGUCUGUGGAUCAUCCCCUUCUCGUUCUUCGUGUCUCUCUCGGCGGGGGAGAACGUGCUUCCGUCCACCAUGCAGCAAGGAGGUGAGCUCUUAGGGCUAAGUCUGAAAUGGCACCCAGAGCCUUAUGAUACGAAUACUUGGUCCUGUUCAGUAGGGCACACACUUGAUGACAACAGAAAACGUUUGCCAGGGAAAUAAGCGUUUAAUAAAAACGAGUUCAGUUUCAUUUUUUCUUCUCCCUUCUGGACCCCACCCAGAUAUAGCACGUUCAGAUAUCAUAUCCCCCCCCCCCCCAGUUGUUCAACUCUAGGCCAACCAGGUUAUUUUACUAAAGAUAAUGUAACUCUUUCUCAACAACUUACCUGGCUAGAUAAAUUAAACAUAUUUAAACUUUAUUUUUCUUCUCUCCUUCCUUUUUUUUCUCCAGAUGACGUGGUCUCAAAUUACUUCACCAAGGGCAAGAGGGGCAAGAGGUCCGGCAUCCUGCUCAUCUUCUCUUUCCUCAAGGAGGCAGUGUUGCCUAGUCGACAGAAGAUGUACUGAGGCUCUACCCGGG